AUGCCUCAUGGUCAGAGAAGUCAAGACAGCAAACUAGAGGAUGACCAUCCUGGCCAAAGUAGCACACAAGUUCUCAUGGAUGAGUGGCAUCUCAAGUAUGAAGAGGAAGCAUCAGCCACAGUUUCCUCUACAUCUUCCUCCUCCUGUGCUUCAGUUGGGGCCACAUCAAGAGAGGAGCCUGGGUCUGAGACACCAAAUUGUCCUCAGAAUUCUGAAAGCAUCUGCUGUUCUCCUGCAUCCAUAGAUUCCAGUCAAAGCAGUCAAUCCAGUGAGGACUCCAACAUGCAAGAAGUAGAGGAGCCAAGUGCCUUGCAGGAGAUGAGCGUCCCACAGAUCCUACGCAGUGUGCUCCUAAAUGACAAGUUAUAUAAGCUGGUGCCCCUACUGUUCUGCAAGUACCUAAAGAAUGAGCAGGUCACCAUGAAAGAAAUGCAGCAUAUUGUGGAUGAAGAUUACCGUGAGCACUUUCCUCUGAUCUUCAGAAAUUUCUGUGAUUGCCUGCGUGUGGGCUUAGGCGUUGAUUUGAGUGAAGUGGAUUUCCCGGGCUACACAUAUGAGCUUGUCCCUGUCAUGGGCCUCACUUACAGUGGAGUACUGGAGGAUGGUGACCAAGUCAUUGCCAAAGUUGAUCUCCUGAUACUCAUUCUGAGUGUAAUUUUCAUAAAGGGCAACCGAAUCAGUGAAGAGGACCUCAGGAAACAAGUAAAAAGGUGGGAAAUAUUAGCUGAGACAGAAGAAAUUGUUAUUGGGGAUCCCUGGAAAUUCGUCACUGAGGAUUUGGUGCGUGAACAAUACCUGGAAUAUCGACAGGUUCCUGACAGCGAUCCUGCUCACUAUGAGUUCCUCUGGGGUCCCAGGGCCCAUGCUGAAACCACCAAGAUGAAAAUCCUAGAGCGCAUGGCUAAGCUUAAUAGGAUGGAACCCAUGUCUUACUCACAUCUGUAUGUGGAGGCUGUGAAAGAAGAAGCAAGUAUGUUUAGGGCCGCUGAGGGGCAAGACGCAUGA